GGACCGCCGCAAAAGGGAAGAGAUUUUACGAGGCGAUUAGGGUUCUGCUGGAAAGUUCAAGUGGGGGAACGAAAACAGCAGUAGUACCGAGCCGUAAGGAAAGGCAAAUAUUCAAGAUACAAUUCUGAAUGCUGCUUGAAUAAUGAUGUCCUGUCAACCGAAGAAAAUGUCUAAAAUCCGAUCUUCACAUGAUCUGGACAAAAAAGAAUUGGACAAAUCUUCAAGUAUUUAUAUCGCUGAGCAUUCGAUCAGACCAUUGCAAAAUAAUACAAAUUAUGAAGCCCAACAUAACAUACGACCAAAUACAAACUUGCUUUUAGGAUUUCAGGACUUCAAUUCAACUAGUAGGAAUUUUUCUGCCGCUCCUGGAUCUGAGCGGCGUCGGCGGCUUCAACCGUUAGAAAGGUGUUAUCAACCAUUAGAAAGUUGCUAUCAACCGUUAGAAAGGUGUUAUCAACCGUUAGUUAGGCGUUAUCAACGAUCUGAUAUACUAUGGGGGAUUAAAGAUUCAGUAUGGAGCUUCGAUCAAGCAGCAACACAUUCCUUUACAAGGGCCGAUAAAUGGGAAAUGGACAGAUAUGUUAAACCUAUGUCAAGAACGGAACUGGAAAGUUUGCUUCAUAAGAGUCCGGAAUGGAUUCUGUGUACUAUUCUUAGUGAAGACCCUUCUUUUUGCGCAAUUUUGAAGGAACAGGUUGUUAGUCGAAAUAUUAUGGCAUUAGUAUUACUUGUUUUACAGAAAGCUACGACUUCUCAUUUACCCCAAAAUGUCAUUGCCAUGAUUGAUUAUGUAGUCAGAAGCGAUAAGUUCCUGUUUAGUAAAUUUUAUGCUUUUCUGCAAUCUUACGAAGACCAAUCUAUAAACAUUCCGUACCAUUGGAAUUCUUUUCUCAGUUUAUCAGAACUCUUGGUUAAAAUUCUGACUUUUGUGCCACUCAGUUAUUUAGAACCUUUCCUAGAUGCCCUUGACACUAAUGCUCAAACGCUGGAGAUUGCCUGCCAUACAUACCUUCGAGAAGAUGAUCAGUUAUGCUGUGAGAUAUCAAAAAAUCUGAAGACUUUUGAAACGAAGUUAUACGCUUCUUUAUAUGACUGUGGUCCAAUAAAAGGAGAACAGGUUUGCUGCACAGAGAAACUACAGCCUCAAAAUUCUCCUGAAGACUAUCGCAGUAUACCUGUUUUGCCUACGAUUAAAGAUAUUCAUUCGCCGUGUGUGUUUUUGCAGCCUAAUUUGAUUAAAGGAAGUUAUGAAGAUUGUAAGCAUUAUCUUGACGUGCAGUUUCGUUUGUGUAGGGAAGAUUACGUGAAAACCAUCAGAGAUGGUAUAGCUGAGUACUUGAGUUUGAAAAAACAAGAAAAGUCCCUGAAUGGGUGCAAACAUGUUAGAGUGUAUUCUGACGUUCGUAUCAUUCAACAAGAAUUUGUGCAUGGAGAACUCGUUCAUUUGGCUCGUUUCAGUGAUGAGAAAUUUUCCAAAAUAAAAUGGGAAAAUAGUAAGCGAUUUCUCACAGGUUCCCUUCUUUGCUUAUCUUCGGAUGAUUUUGAGACCAUAUUAUUUGCCACCGUAGUUCGUAGGCAGCCGAAAGAACUCCGUGAAGGAUUGCUGCUUUUACGUUUUGAAGAAAUAACUUAUGAAGUGUUAACUCUGACUCGUUUAAGAAGCUUUGUAGUAAUGGAAACAAGCGCUUACUUUGAAGCUUAUAGACAUAACCUUCAAGCAUUACAGGAAGUUGAGAUAACGAAAUUUCCAAUGAAAUCACAUAUUGUUGAAUUACAGAAAUAUGUACUAAAACCAGCAUAUAGAACUGAAUCAACUGUGUAUGACAUUCGUCCUUUAUUGUUGCCUUUGAGUCGAUCAUCUGUUGAAAAGUGUAUCAAGGACUUUGGCGUGGUAAAAACCAUCUACAAAUUUGAUAUGGUUUCUGAUAAACGAAUUCUGGAAAAAGCAAAAUUGCUUCCUAUUUUUAGCGAUGAAUGCUGGCCAUCUGCUGCGGAAUUGAAGCUAGAUCCCUCUCAAUAUGCUGCAAUAAAGACCGCACUGACAAAACGAUUUGCCCUUAUACAAGGCCCACCUGGAACUGGUAAGACGUAUGUUGGACUCAGAAUUGUUCAGUUGCUUUUGCACAAUUUAUAUGGAGGAACUUGUAAACCAAAUCGUCCAAUUAUGGUAGUCUGUUACACAAAUCGCGCUUUGGAUCAGUUUUUAGAAGGUGUGUUAAAGUUUUCUACGCAGAUAGUGAGAAUUGGUGGGCGAAGUACAAAUGAUUUGGUAUCCCGAUUUCAGUUGCACAAUUUGAGAAAAAUUGUAGAACAGAAAAAAAUAAUUCCGAAUCAUCUAUUCAAACUCAUACAGCAAAGGAAAUAUGAGUUACGAUGCUUGAUUAAACGUAUUUGUCUGAUUAAGCAGUAUGUUGAAAGGUGUCAUUCAGCAGUGUUAAGAUUAGAUAUAUUAGAAGAUAGCAUGUCCUCUGAACAUUACGAUACUUUGAAACGUUUGUGUCUUUCAGCACACGAUGAAACGGUGAUGUAUAUUUGGCUUGGUAUUGAAACGACACUUGAAUAUCCGUCUAAGAAUCAAGCCAAUUGUAAAAAUGAUGAGUCAUUGUUUUCUGAUAUCUGUGCACAAAAUAGCAACCCUGCUGACCUCUGUGCUUCAAAGGAAGACGAAUACGAAGAAGAAUGUGAUGAAACCGAAGUUGAAUUUAUAGAAGCAUUUCGAAGCAUCAGCUCAGAAGAAUUUGCUGAUUUUGUCAUUGAUGUUAAUAAAGACGAAUUCUCUCAAGAGAAUGAUGCACUGUAUAACAUACAUUUCAGGUAUACAAUGCGAAAUAAGAAGCGAAACUUCACAGGUGAUUUGGCCACAAUAAAAGCUAUGACCGAGGAAGAAGUGAGAAAAAUCGAUUGCAUUCUAUCGUUACCAUAUGUUGACCGUUGGCGCUUGUAUAAAUUCUGGUUGGAAUUGCAUACCUCCAAAAAGCAAAAAGAAAUACUGGAAAUGCAAACAGUACUUCAAACAAAAUUGGUGGAGCUUAAGGAAUUGCAAUCUGAAGUUGAUCUUUUCACAUGUCGCCCAGCUCAUGUUAUUGGUAUAACUACCACUGGAGCUGCUAAAUAUCGAAAUAUUGUUAAACGCUUGAACCCUAUGAUUGUUGUUUUUGAAGAAGCAGCAGAAAUAUUAGAAAGUCACAUCGUCACUUCACUUACUUCGACCACAGAACAUGUUAUUUUAAUUGGUGAUCAUCAACAACUUAAGCCCAGUCCGUCUGUACAUGAUUUGGCUGUUCAAUAUGAUCUAAAUGUUUCAUUAUUUGAAAGAAUGGUGAAGAAUGGAAUGCCAUGUAACAAAUUAAGCAUUCAGCAUAGAAUGAGACCUGAAAUAGCUUCUCUACUUGUACCGCAUUUUUAUGAAGACUUAAAGAAUCAUGAGUUGGUCUCGAAGUACGAAAAUAUGAAAGGGAUAAAAAAGAAUGUAUUUUUUAUUACCCAUUCUUAUAAUGAAUUACAUGAAUUUGACACUAGAAGCAAAACAAAUCAACAUGAAGCAACUUUCCUGAUAAAAUUAUGUAAAUAUAUUCUUUUACAAGGAUAUAAACCUACUCAAAUUACGGUUUUGACCACAUAUUCAGGUCAACUUCUUGUUCUGAAGAGGUUGGCUGGUGAUGGUAUCUUGAAAAAUGUGAAAUUCACCGUGGUUGAUAAUUAUCAAGGAGAAGAAAAUGAUAUUAUUUUAGUAUCUUUCGUUAGGAGCAACGAAGAAGGGGAAAUAGGAUUUUUAAAAGUUCCGAAUCGUAUUUGUGUAGCUUUGUCUCGAGCUAAGAAGGCCCUUUAUUGUGUUGGAAAUUUUGGUAUGUUAAAAGAAAAAAGUCUUGUUUGGAAAAAUAUUAUCCAGAUUUUGGAAGAAAAUCAAGCUAUUGGCCCAUCACUUCAAUUGUUUUGUCAGAAUCAUCCUGACACUACUAAUGUUGUUACUUUUGAGAAAGAUUUUGAUACUCUUCGUGAAGGUGGUUGUAGUCGUAUCUGUGGAUUUAUUUUGGCGUGUGGUCAUCCGUGCCAACUUAUGUGCCAUCCAUAUGAUAAGAAACAUGAAAAGGUAAGAUGUUUGGAAUCAUGUGACAGAAAAUGCAUGUAUGGCCAUUCUUGCAAAAAAACUUGCUCUGAAGCUUGUGGACCUUGUUCUGUAUUUGUUGAAAGGCAGGUGGAACCAUGCGGCCAUAUUAUUAAUGUUUAUUGCUUCAGGAGAGAUUCAAACGUACUAAAAUGUGAUAAACCUUGUGAAAAAAUCUUAGCAUGUGGACAUCAAUGUCAAAAUAUUUGUAGUUCUGUCUGUACUUCAAAAUGUCUGAAGAAAGAGAAGAUUGCUUCAUCAGUUUGUGGACAUUCAGUUGAAGUAGAAUGUUGCAAAUCCGGCGAUCUUUUGCACCUUGCGAAAAUAUGUAAGAAACCAUGUAAUAUGAAACUUUCUUGUGGGCACGAAUGUCAAGGAACAUGUAGUAAAUGCUAUCAGGGUCGAUUGCACAUUUCAUGUACCCAACCUUGCAAACGUAUUUUGAUAUGUGGUCACGAAUGUACAUCUAGUUGUUCUAGAAACUGCCCUCCUUGCAAGUAUCCUUGCGAAAAUCGAUGCUCUCAUGGCCGAUGUCCUAGAAAGUGCUGUGAACCCUGCGUUAAAUGUCAUCAACCUUGCGAAUGGUCUUGUCCACAUCAAAAAUGCAAUCAAAUGUGUGCUGAAGAAUGCUCUCGCGAUAUCUGCUAUGAACCAUGUGCUAAAAUUUUGAAUUGCGGACACCCUUGCAUUGGUCUUUGUGGAGAGUUCUGUCCCAAAGAAUGUAGAAAAUGUGAUAAAGAAACAGUGCAGAAGAAAUUUUUUGGCACAGAAGAUCAAGAAGACGCUAGAUUUGUUCGCUUGGAGAAUUGCGGACAUAUUUUCGAACUACUUGGCCUCAUGCGGUGGAUGAAAACUUACAUUCAAGAGCAAAGAGAAAUUCGACUGAUGUCUUGCCCAGAAUGUAAACAGGUGAUCAGAAGAAGUUUUUGCUUUGGAAAAGUGAUAAAAUCUUGUCUGGAAGACAUUGAAAAGGUGAAAAAUAUUACGUGUGGUAACAUAUAUAGGAAUUUCUUCAUUCAGAAUUCUUUGAUGGAGAAAAUUAAAUCCAACAUUCACAAAAUUCCAGAAUUUUGUCUACCAAUUGUAAAAUCUCUGAAGUCUGUAUAUGGUCGCAGUUUAAUAGAAAUAACUACCAUAGAAAAUUUAUUUAACUUGGCACUAUUGUUGGCUGAAGAAAUGCAGUUUUUUGAUAAUCGACCUAAAGUUAAAGAAUAUCAAAUAUAUAACUCAUAUCAUGAAUUGGUUCGAUUUAUGUCAUUGAAUAAGAAACUGAUAAUUGAUUUCAUGAUAGAUGAAUUCUUGACUGCAUCUGACCAGCAACUGAUAGAGUUGAAUUGGGAAAUUCAUCGUCUCAAAGUGGCAGAUAAACUUUUAAAAUUCGUUUUUGCUAACAGUCACAUAAAAUCUCAUGCAGAAUUAUCUUCCCUUGUUCAUUGUAUUGCUUCUUUUCAACCAUUUCGAGAAGAAAAGGCUCGAGAAUUUGCGGCUCUAUUGCAUGUACAUUAUGAUGGUUUCAAUGUUGACUUUUCUGCCCUUGUAGAGCCUGCAUCAUUGAACGUUCUGAAUUUAUCGAAAGAUUAUUGGUACAUAUGUCCAUUUCAACAUGUCUGUUUCUCAACUUCACGAGAAGAUCAAUGCAGUGUAUGCGGUUCUAAAAUAGAUGGAAAGAAUGUUGCACUCCAGACAAAUAAUGCCAUUGCAGAUGAAAGAGACGCUGCCUCACAACCUGUAUUUUCAGAACUCAUAGAAAGUCAACAUUUUCUAAACAAUGUAAUAAGUUUGCUUCAAUUUGAUUACUGUGACCCUUAGCCAGAAUAAUAAUUCUGGUCAACUCUUAUUCUUUGCUUUAUUUUUUCCCCGACUAUUUCGAGAAGAAAAAGCAAGGAAAAAAAAAAAUGUAGCUAUAUUGCAGACACUUGUACUCUGUUGUUAUGACUUAUAUAUUGACUUUUCUGCCUUAACUGAACCUGCAUCAUUGACUGUUCUGGGUUUAUCAAAAAGUAAUUGGUACAAACGCCCAAGUCAAUGAUAGUACAAAGGCAACAUUUUCUAAAUAAUAUAAUAAGCCUUGUUUGAAUAGGAAUACAUUUGAGCUUUUAUAAUUUAAUACAUUUUAGAUUUGAAACUCAUUCAGGAUUAUUGCUCAAGCCAACUUUUAUUAUUAAAUUCAAAUAGAAAUUAAUCUAGAU